AUGGGCGCAUAUUUCGAAGAAAUCCCAAAACAAAGCCUCAUCGAUUGGAUGUUGGCCCAGAAGGUUUUCUGGAUAGCUACAGCACCACUAUCGGGGAAAGGGCAUGUUAAUCUCUCACCAAAAGGGGGCGAGUAUUUUGGUGUCCCCGACACUAAAACUUUUUGGUUCUUGGAUUUGACAGGAAGUGGAAAUGAGACCAUCUCACAUCUUCUGGAGCCGGGUAACGGCCGCGUAACUAUACUAUUCAAUGCCUUCGAAGGGCCGCCCCGUAUCGUGAGGCUUUGGGGCAAAGGCCGCGUACUUGAACAUGGAACACCAGAGUUUGACAGCAUCGUGCAGAGGGAGAACAUCGAGGUCAUCCCAGGCACGCGAUCGGUCAUUGUGGUAGACAUCCACCAAGUCGGCACCUCAUGCGGUUACUCGGUGCCGAUAUUCGACUUCAAGGAAUUCCGGACUACCCUCAACGACUUCUUCAAACGCAAGGAAGACAAGUUCCUCGAAGGCAACGAGAAGGAGAGUAUGGAACGCUACUGGGCCCUCAAAAACGCUUGGAGUAUGGACGGACUCCCCGGUAUGCCGCGGGGUCUGAAAGCCGCACGUUCUUAUGCUAUCGAACCUAUCAAGAAGAUGGUUGGACCUCUAGCUCCUAAGAACGGCGUAAACCUGGGUGCGCGCAGCGGAUUCCUACUUGAACAUUUCAUCAUCAUUAUACUAGCUCUCUUCCUCGCUAUCGCGUUGGCUACACAUCCUGCUUUCCAGCAUCAUGCCCAGACACGGAUACGGGACGUGAUAUUACAGGUCAAGGCUGUACCAGGCGCAUUUCCGAGUUCCGUUAGAUUCAGGGAGUAA